AAAGCAGUUUUAUUUCGCAAAUUUGGACAAACUGCUUACCUAUUUAAAAGGCGGGCGUUCAGUGUGUUAAUUUUGAACAGUCACUCGGAAGCAGCAAAAAAAAAAUAAUAAUAAUAAUUGCGUAAAUGUCUAAACAUACGCUGAUAGGUGGCGGCACGGGCUUCAUUGGCAAGAACUUGUCCAAGCACCUGUCCCUCAAGGGCUAUGACGUCACUGUCAUUUCCCGCAUGCCGGGGCCCAAGCGCAUCACCUGGCACGAACUGGAGAAGAAUGGCAUACCGAACAGCGUGAACUCCGUGGUCAAUGUCACUGGCCAGAAUGUAUUGGAUCCGUCACGCCGCUGGACGCCCGGCUUCCAGCAGAACGUGUGGAACUCGCGCAUCAACUCGUCCAAGGCACUUGCGAACGCCCUGACCGCCGCCCCGCAGGUCACUUCAUUUGUGAACCUCUGCGGCGUGAGCCACUACCAACCAUCCGCCUCGAAGAUCUACACAGAGGACGACAAGGUCGAGAGCUACGACUACAUGUCAAGACUGUGUGUGGCCUGGGAGGCGGCAGCACACACUAGAGGCGAGCACGACUGCAAGCGUGCCAUUGUGCGUACGGGGGUAGUGGUUGGACUUGGCGGCGGCAUGAUCGAGUCCAUUUGGUUGCCCUUCAAGCUGGGCGUUGGUGGUCCCCUAGGUAGUGGUCAGCAGAUUAUGCCCUGGAUACACAUGCUGGAUCUGUGCAACCUCAUACAGCACAUCAUGGAGAAGCGUGAGUCGGGCGUGUUCAAUGGCGUUGCUCCGGACAUAGUCACCAGCAAGGAGUUCUCCAAGGCCUUUGCCAGAGCGCUGAACCGACCCUGCCUCUUCAAUGUGCCCGAGUUUGUGGUCCAUGCGAUUUUUGGCAAGGAGCGAGCGUCGCUUCUACUGAGCGGUGCCAAAAUUAAACCCAAGAAGGCGCUCGCCUCUGGUUUCCAGUUCAAAUAUCCCACGGCCAAGGCGGCUUGUGAGCAGCUGGUGGAAAAGUGAAGAGGAUUUGCCUCAAAUGUGCUUAAGUUCGAGGAACCCAAACCCUCCUGUUCCCUUAUGUUAUAUAGAAUAGCAAA